AUGAUCGCGGCGCGGCUCCGCCUCGUCGUCGUCGCGAGCGCCGUUUGCGCCGCGCAGCUGCGCGGCGCGCAGAAGAGAGAGAGACUGCCGUCGCAGCAAAAGUCCAUCGUCCUUAUACUGGAAAACCUCGGCGACGCCGCCAUCGACUGCGAGCACCCGGCCGUGCGCGUCGGCGCCGGCCGCGCCGCCACGAUAUCGGCCUUCGCCGUGCCGGCGCGCGUCGCCUGCGGCCACGUCUCCGCGGCCGUCGACGGCGACGGCUACGGCGCCGCGCGCGUCUUCCCGGAGUGGGUCGACGUCGGCGACGCGAACGCCGUCCAGCUCGAGCUGUCGCGCGCGGCGCACAAGUGCGCGUCGAGCCGCGACGCCCACGAGCUCGGCGUCUACGACGACUUCGAGGCCUGCGUCUUCGAGCUCGCCUACGGCGGCCUCGACCGCGAAGCCGCGCCGCGCGCGUGGCGCGACCUCUGGAGCGACGAACACUACUGGCGGCUCUGCGAGCGGCGGCGGCCCGCGGCGGCUUUGAGAACUUUCCCGAGCGAGGCGAGCCCGGGCCAGGACGUCGACGUGCUGCGGGAGGCGCCGUUCGUCGCCGCCGCGCGCGGCUUCCUGACCGAGGCGGAGUGCGCCGCCGUCCUAUCGACGACGCCGGCCAUCGCGAACCUCGGCCGCGCGCACGUCGGCGGCGGCGCGGGCAAGACGUCCUUCAGCGACGCGCGCGAGACGCUGUCGACGAACCUCUACGUGGACUGGGCCGCGGACGACGCGCCGGCGACGCGCGUCGCCGCGAAGACGGUGGAGCUCGCGUCCGAGCUCCUGGGCGAGACCAUCCCCUACGAGGCGCAGGAGCCCAUCAACUUCCUCUUCUACCGCGCGGGCUACGAGUACAAGCCCCACAGCGACGGCGCCGGCGGGAAACGCGGCAAGCGCGUCGCGACGACGCUCGUGUACUGCGACGCGCCGGCGAGCGGCGGGUCCACGGUCUUCACGGGGACCAGCGGCCUCCGCUUCGCGCCGAAGCGCGGCGACCUGCUCUUCUUCUCCUACGCCAACGGCGCGCGCGACACGACGCACGCCGCGUGCCCCGUCGCGGCGGGCAACAAGUCCACGCUCACGAUGUGGCACCGCCUCGGCGUGUCGCCGGACGAGCCCUGGGACCGCUUCGAGAACUGGGGCCGCUUCGACCACCCCCACCUCCACUCGCGCUACCGGGGCAAGCCCUACCGGGAGCGCGUGACCGACGCCGCGGACCUGUAA